AUGGAGAAGUUUAAGGCUUGCGAAAAGGAGAUGAAAACCAAGGCUUAUUCCAAGGAAGGUCUACAACAAUCAAUAAAGAUGGAUCCUAAGGAAAAAGAAAAGAUUGAAACUUGUGAAUUUAUAUCAAAUCAAAUUGAUGCGCUCGCAACGCAAAUUGAAACUGCUGAGGCCGAAGUUGAGUUGUUACAGAGUGUUGUCAAGAAAGGUCGAAAAGAUGCAGCCAAGAUCGAUCGCUUGGCUAAGGUGGAGAGUACAAUAGAGCGACACAAGUUUCAUGUGAAUAGAUUAGAAUUAAUAUUGCGAUUACUGGAAAACGGAAACAUACUUCCUGAAAAGGUCAUUCAAAUUCAAGAGGACAUCAAAUACUACGUUGAAAACAAUCAGGAUCCUGAUUUUACCGAGGAUGAGGUUAUAUAUGAUGACCUGAAUCUUGAAGAGGAAGAGGAGCUUUGGGGAAUUACAAAUGAUGAUCAUCAUAACAACGAUGAGUCUAAUUCUGACGAAUCACGGACGCCACCCAAAGAGCCUUCGAGCCCGGCAACUUCUCCGACGACAAGAAUAGCUGCAACAAAGACAGUUCCUUCAAGAAAAACUAGUAAUGCCUUCGAGUCCCUGCCACAACGGCAAAAGGAAGAGGAGAAAACGAAGCUGCCACCUCCACCAAUAUCGACGGGGGUAACCGUAACAUCGCCACCUCCCACAUCUGCUACGUUUGCACCAUUGAAGUCUGCUUCUCUUACCGGUUCUUCUCGAACAGUGGCCGCAGUGGCAAAACAAGGAAUCGAUACUGUACCUCAAGUAUCGAUACCGCAACGUUUCCCUCCCGCGACUUCGGUGUCUACAACACAAGAGAAUUCGACUGCACCACAACCACCUGUACCGCCUGUACAAACAAAUUCGACAUCAAGCGAAUCAAUUGAUGUCACCAAACAGCAAUUUUCGCAACCCAAUGAUGUUCUUCAGGCAAAGCAACCUCGAUUACCUCCUCAAUCUAGUCAACCUACUCAACAACACAUAAGUCCUUCACCUUCUCAAUCACAACAACAACAGCAGAAUCGCGAAAUACCUGUUGUUCAACCACCACAAACUCCCACUCAUCCAUUACAACCAUCAGACAUGAACGUAGCCGACCAAAGCAAGCAAGAUGGUUCUUCAAAUCACGAAUCCUCUUCAUCUGGAGAAAAUCGUAUACCUGAAGCUCUAGCGGAUCUGGUGCCGUCAUAUGAAGCAGCCGAAGAGAAAUCCUUGGGUAAAGAAGACAAUUUUCACAUUCAGCAAAUGUUGGAUGCAAGCUAUCAGCAUGUUCCAGAAAGCAUAGAUUCAGAGAGACCCAAGUAUUAUGUGCCAAGGAAUCCCUAUCAUACCCCGUCCCACUAUCCACAGAGCCCUACACAGAUAUUUGAUAAUCCUGCAUUAUUUGAAAAAUUUGAUAUUGAUACGCUCUUUUUCAUUUUCUAUUAUCAGCAGGGAACUUAUCAACAAUAUCUUGCUGCUAGGGAAUUGAAAAAACAGUCAUGGAGAUUUCACAAAAAAUAUUUGACUUGGUUUCAAAGGCAUGAAGAACCUAAAGCAAUAACCGACGAAUAUGAGCAAGGCACUUAUAUUUAUUUCGAUUACGAGGGAGCAUGGUGUCAGCGCAAAAAGACGGAAUUUCGAUUUGAAUACCGUUUUCUGGAAGAUGCUGAUCUGAUAUAA